GCAGCUCAACCAAGCACAGCUCAAUUCCGAGCAGCCAUCCGUACAUCGCGAUCAGCUGAACAUCACGCACGUACGCACGCAGCAACGCAACGCAAAGAGACGCGGCCAUAUGCUGCGAUGAACUCACUCUACACUACUGAGAACGUUGAGACCCGAGUUUCGUUUGCUCAACUUGUGCGUUAUUCUGAAUCACGAGCACACGGCAGACCUCCUUCGAUUGACACUUUGCUUGUCUUUGGACUGUCACUACCGCCGCUGAUCAAUGAAUUAAGCGAAUCAGAACUUUCACAACGUGGUGACCGUGACGACGAAGCUCCUGCGGUUAUCGCAGGAAUCCGCGCUACACUACUCGCCGCUUGUGGUGGUGUCGUUGGCGUAGUUGCAGCUGAAGUGCUCGGCGCUCCAUACGAUGGCAAGAGUUUGGAAGUGGAUGUCGGAGCUGAAUCGUAA